AUGUAUACAGCCGUUGUGGUGCGGUACCUAACUAAGCGAUACAUUGGAGAAUAUAGUUCAACUGGCGAUUUUCUGUAUCAACAUCGGGCGACGUUUGACGGUGUUUCAUCAGAAGUCGAAGUUUUGGAUACGUGUGGAUGUGCGAAAAGGGGAUGUCUAGCGGAACACCUAAGAUGGGGCGAUGCUUUUGCGGUCGUGUAUUCGGUUUGUGACCGACGAUCAUUUCUGGCUGCAUCUGAAUUAUUGGCACUGUUGGAACGAACAAGACUGCCAGGAUGCACGGCAGUUACUCUUCUGGGAAAUAAAAGAGAUUUGGAACAUGCAAGGGCUGUCAAAACAGAAGAAGGCCAGGAGUUAUCUCUUCGUUUCCGAUGUCAGUUUUAUGAAGUGUCGGCAGCCGAAUCGUCAGCUGGUGCGGCCCUUGCCUUCCAAGCGUUGCUUCGUGAGGCACGUUCAAUCGCUUUAUUGCUACCAACCCCAAGACGAAAACUUGCUGCCUAUUCUGUUUCUAAGGUAAUCGGCACAAUUCUGGGGCUUAGCAACAAGAGUGUGAGAAAGAAACGUCCAUCACUUAGUAUAUGA